AUGGCCGGUGUGCAAGGAAACAUACGGUCCUUCAUUGCGCCGAUCAAAGGAUCUGGUCGACUUGCACCUACCCUCCUUGAAGACCUCUCGCUUUAUGAGCCAUGGGGGCAUCCGCAAAGCCCAAACCUACUGGCGGACGGACCGGUAAAGCUCAGCCAGACUCAAUACCUAGGAGAUCUUCUCCCUCUUGACGGCUGUCGACACAAGUUUGGGCUGAAACCGAGACAAUCGAACCCUCCUGCAUUAGACGAAAAGGCAGAUCCGCAGACAGUCUGGACCGUUGCGGCGUUUUGUCAGGUGUGUCGCCUCCAUGUACAUCUGAAGGUUGACUACUCUGUGCGAUUCGAACAAGCGCCUUGCCCCAACCCCGAACAUCCCUUACACCAUUUGGUUAGAUCUGAGUAUCAGGAACCGUUAGAACGCAAUGCAUGGUUACGGCAGAACCCAAGCUCAAGAGACGAGAUCUAUACCUACAAAUGCUCUUCGAAGACUUGUUCCGCAACCGUCACAGUCCGCCUAGGCACUCCAGUACUCCGGCCUAGCGACGUCAAAGUGCUCCUCGACCCCGAGAUGUUGCAGCAAAGAACAGAAGCUGCCUUCAAGGACCGAGGAGGUAAUACAGAGGGCAUGGGCCAUCCAAAACCCGUUGAUGUGCUUACCGACCUACGCGCGUACAUUAAGAAUUCGUGGAAAGCACGUCAAGAUCCCAAAUACAGUUCUAUAAACCUCGCCAAUAAGAGAUUCAUGGUACGCUUCGGGCCAGAGGGAACUGCGUGUAAGGAUGUUCUUGAGCAUCUCGGAUUUGAGCUUGUGCCUGGAGAUUGCUGGAAGGUGCCAAACCCGGAUUUCAAUGAUACUGAGCCGUUCCAAAGUCCGAUGAAUAUCUGGUUGGACAAUGCCGAGCAUGAACUUGUCAGCUUGCUACUACGCCGGCCUCAGGAAGAGCGACAACAGCUACAUGACGUUGCGCCUCCUUUACCCGCAGAAAGAGAGCUGUCCCGUGCCUUGGGAUGUCAAGAUUCGAAGCUUUUGCCUGAAAUGCGAACUGCUCCUUUCAUUGCGCUUGGAUGUCCGAGAGAUCUAGCAAAUCAUCUGAUUGUGAAAGCAUACCAUUGGCAGCUUGAGACAGAUCCCGUGAAUGCGCCGACGUAUCUGAGUAACCUGCGAUACAUUGCCAACAACCGCCAAAGCGAGGAACUUGAGACCGAGGUGAUGUUGGAGACUUCGAAGGGUCGCUUUGAUGUGGAAACGUUGGAUUCGGCGUACAAAGCUUUUCAACUUACUGGCCGAGAAGGUCUCGUCAAUGACGACGACAUUAUUGGUGCAUUUAUGGCCACAAUAGCGGACGCUCCCAGCCAGGAACAUGAAUUGAGAGAGUACCUACGCAUCAUAGGUGUCCAUCGGAACAGUAAGAAGAUUUCUGAUGCGGCGCAAAAUGUUAUCAACAACUAUGAGCAAGCUCUAGCCUUUCUCGGUGCUGAUCAAACUACAGAAGAUGCACACAUUCAAGCUUUGUUUACUGUGAAAACCUCUGAAAACAAAGAUUUAGAGCCGCAAGCUACUCAGGCUGUCCGGUUGAUAGCAGAACAUCGCAACAGUCAAUUUUUGUCUCACCUAGUUGAUACCGGAUUCUCACAAGAGACACAGCAAAUGGAUCCUGCGGAGGGUUACCAAGCCUUACAAAUUGAACACCGGGAGGUUGACGAUGAGAUGAUCAUGCUUCAGUACGACAUGGCCGUGGAAGAGAACCCAGGCAGUGUUGAAUACUACACCAAAGCUCUAGCUGCGAUCGCAAGUGGUAGAAAGAGUGAUGCUUUGCUCAACCAUCUGCACAGCAAGGCUCCACAAGCGCCUGAGGGUACACAAGACGAACCUGUGGGCUUAGAGAAUAUCGGAAACACCUGCUAUCUCAAUAGCCUACUACAGGCUCUUUUCACCCUAAUAACGUUUCGGCAUGUUGUCCUCGAUUUCGAUGAGUACAAGAUGAGCCUGGAGCCCGAAAAUAUGGAGAAGAAACGGGUCGGUCAACGCAAAGUCAGUCUGAAGGAAGUGCAAAGUGCUCAAAAAUUUGUCGAACAACUCGGAUAUCUAUUCCGAGGCAUGAUUGAAACACCACAAUCCUCCAUCAAACCAGAACAAGAGCUAGCCCGUUUGACUCUCGAGACCGAGAGUGUUAAAGAGCGACUGCGUCGAAGAUCCACACUCGUGUCGGAAAGACCCAGUCUGGGCCACAUCGAUAGUCUGCACAUGUUGGGACCUCCAACAUUGGCAGAAUACAAGCAGAAGGAAGACACAAAGAUGGAUGAUAAUUCUAGCGAAGCCACCUUGAUAUCCAAACCAGACACGGACAUUGUGCGAGCAGAAGAUACUACAGAAGUCGAACAGCAAUCAAUAUUAGACAACAAGGAGAACUUAUCGCCUCUAAAGGAAUCAUCAGUGAUGGAGACAGCGUCCGCAUCUACUGCCGAUCCUUUGGGCCCAACAUCUCCCUCAAAGUUGAAUCCUCCUCCAGGAAAGCCACCACCAGUACCGCCCAGAAAGCCUGCUCACACAGCGACCACGACCCUCGAGGAAUAUGCACGUCAGCAAGAUGUCACUGAGGUUAUGAAUCACUGUAUUAUCCAAUUGUCAUGUGCCAUUCGACCCACAGGAUUUGACCAAAGUGGUGAACAAAUUGAUGAGAUUCAUGAUCUUUUCUUCGGCCAGCAACUCAUUCAUACGCAGCCGGAGAAAGAAAAGCCUCAACCUUUACCGUUUCUCAACAUUAUCACGCGAGUCUAUCAUCAACCUUUAGAUGUCUACGCUGCCAUCGAUAAUGAAUAUGAUUUGCAAGACGCACAGGACGGUACCAAAGCCUACACAUCCGUCACUCGUUUGCCGCCAGUCCUUAGCGUGGCCCUUGACAGGGUGUCGUGGAAUCAGGAGGCAAAGCGCCAGGAGAAGCUCAAUCAUCACGUGGAAGUGCCAGAGACCAUUUAUAUGGAUCGAUAUCUUGAAAGCGAUACCUCAUCCGACUUGAUGCAACGUCGCCAACAAACAUGGGAGAUGAAACGAGAGCUGGCGGCACUUGCAACUCGGAGAAGCUUCCUCGAGGAGAAACAAGUGAAUGUUCCCAGCGUCCUGGAGGAUGCGAAGCUUGUCCUUGAAUAUCUAAGCACAAUCCCACCCGAUCCAGUCUCAGAAGAGCUCAAUAUCAACCCGGAUAUCACAAAUACCCUAGGAAACCUCGCGGGGCAAGCUCGAUCAGAGCUCGAAGGGAUUCGCAGCCGAAUGGACCACCUAAACAUGCAGGUCAAAGAGGCAUUCGUUGACAUGCGCAAGCACCCUUACAGACUUCAUGCGGCCUUUUUCCACCGUGGUGGUGCAGCAGGAGGACACUACUGGGUGUACAUUUUCGAUCACAAAAAGGAAGUGUGGCGGAAAUACAACGACGACCGUGUCAGCACUGUUCACAACCGGAACGAGAUAUUCGGCAGACCUACACAGGACAACUGGGGCCCGCCGCCAAACCCGUACCUGCUGAUUUACAUCCAGGCAGAUCGGAUCGACGAGCUGGCCGAAACAGUCAAGCGGGACAUCGUCUAUCCUCCACCGGAUGCGCCACCGCCGGUGCCCGCACGUAGUCAAAUGAGUGAAGUGCCGCCAGACUGGUCGCAGUUCCAGGGCGAUGUGGAAAUGGUGGAGUUCGCCGAUGGCACUGGUGAUGCUGGUGAGCAGGCCCAGAUUUCUACACCCGAAGAGCCAUAUCCGUAUGAGUCGGACAUCUCGCGGCCGCAGGCCAAGGAAUCAAAGGAAACGUGGGAUAACAGCGAGCUGAUGCCCAACAGGACGAUUCAGUGGUAA